AUAGACAGUCACAGAAUGCCUUAUUUCACAAGACUCAUUUUGUUCUUGUUUUGCCUGGCGGCUCUUGUGGAGAGCAGAAAGCCCAAGAGGAGGAGAUGGACAGGGCAGCUGGAAAUGCCCAAGCCAAGUCACCUAUAUAAGAAGAACCUCGACGUGACCAAAAUCCACAAGGGAAAACCUCAGCCACUUCUUAGAGUGGAGGAUCAUGAUUUCUCCAUGAGGCCCGCCUUUGGAGGCCCUGCUAUCCCGGUGGGUGUGGACGUGCAGGUGGAGAGCCUGGAUAGCAUCUCGGAAGUGGACAUGGACUUCACCAUGACCCUGUACCUGCGGCAUUACUGGAAGGAUGAGAGGCUGGCUUUUCCCAGCACCAACAACAAGAGCAUGACCUUCGAUGGCCGGCUGGUAAAGAAGAUCUGGGUCCCCGAUGUCUUCUUUGUUCAUUCCAAAAGGUCAUUCACCCAUGACACCACCACUGACAACAUCAUGCUGAGAGUGUUUCCAGAUGGGCACGUGCUGUACAGCAUGAGGAUUACAGUCACUGCCAUGUGCAACAUGGACUUCAGCCACUUUCCCCUGGACUCCCAGACCUGUUCUUUGGAGCUGGAAAGCUAUGCAUAUACAGAUGAAGAUCUGAUGCUGUAUUGGAAGAAUGGGGAUGAAUCCCUGAAAACAGAUGAGAAGAUCUCCCUGUCUCAGUUUCUGAUUCAGAAAUUUCACACCACUUCCAGACUGGCCUUCUACAGCAGCACUGGCUGGUACAACCGUCUAUACAUUAACUUCACGUUGCGACGCCACAUCUUCUUCUUCUUGCUCCAAACCUAUUUCCCUGCCACCCUGAUGGUCAUGCUGUCCUGGGUGUCCUUUUGGAUCGACCGCAGAGCUGUGCCCGCCAGAGUUUCACUGGGUAUCACCACCGUGCUGACCAUGUCCACCAUCAUCACGGGCGUGAACGCCUCCAUGCCCCGCGUGUCCUACAUCAAGGCGGUGGACAUCUACCUCUGGGUCAGCUUUGUGUUCGUGUUCCUCUCGGUGCUGGAGUAUGCAGCCGUCAACUACCUGACCACGGUGCAGGAGCGGAAGGAGCGGAAGCUCCGGGAAAAGUUCCCCUGCACGUGUGGAAUGCUUCCCUCAAGAACCAUGAUGCUGGAUGGAAGCUACACUGAGUCUGAGGCCAACAGCCUGGCUGGGUACCCACGAAGCCAUAUUCUGACAGAAGAAGAAAGACAAGACAAAAUAGUGGUCCAUCUGGCUGUGAGCAAUGAAUCCAACUCCUCUAGGAAGAAGGGGCUUCUGAAGGGCCAGAUGGGUCUUCGCAUCUUCCAGAACACCCAUGCCAUUGACAAGUACUCCAGGUUGAUAUUUCCUGCCUCCUACAUAUUUUUCAACUUAAUUUAUUGGUCAGUGUUUUCCUAG